UCUUGCCGGAGGGGAGCCCGCGCCGCCUGGCGGUCGCCUUGUUAGGCACGGGACUGGGCUGCGCCACUCGGCGGGGCGGGGCCAGGCCAUGGCGACAGUGGAGCCCGACGGGCGUUCGCUGCGGGCUCCUGCCCGGGGACCCCGACCCGGCGGGGCCACGGACCGAGCUCCAGGAACUGCGGGCCCACCCUCCGGACAGAGUGGUAGCAGAGCUCUCCGGCCAGGGGAGCGCACCCCCGCCGCCGUGGAGAAGCGGGGGCCCUACAUGGUGACUCGCGCACCCUCCAUUCAGGCCAAGCUGCAGAAGCACCGGGACCUGGCCAAGGCCGUUCUGCGGAGAAAGGGCAUGCUGGGGUCCUCGCCGAACCGCCCCGACUCUUCAGGGAAAAGGUCAGUGAAAUUUAACAAGGGGUAUACUGCUCUUAGCCAGAGUCCAGAUGAAAACCUGGUGUCCCUCGACUCUGACAGUGAUGGGGAGCUGGAAUCCAGAUACUCCUCGGGGUAUUCCUCUGCAGAGCAGGUGAACCAGGAUGUGAGCCGGCAGCUGCUCCAGGAUGGGUAUCACCUGGAUGAGAUUCCAGAUGAUGAGGACUUAGACCUCAUUCCGCCUAAGCCUAUGGCCUCUUCAACAUGCUCCUGCUGCUGGUGCUGUCUUGGGGACUCUUCUUCCUGUACCCUCCAGUAGACAUAACCUUCCAAGAUGGGCCCUGUUCACCAUGAGGCCUGCAGAGCCCUGUUGGCCCCUCAUAGCUCACAGAAUGCAGUGGGAACUGCUGUCAGUGAAGAGUCACUAGAGGCACUGACCCUCUGGGAAGUCAAUGACAUUGCAGGUAGCCCUUAUCUGGUGCUUCUCAGGCCAGGGGUCUCCAUCUGAGUGUUGGGUGAGAGGUAGAAUUCUGCAGUUUUCCUCUGCUGUUGGAGCAGAGUUUGGAGAAGGCACUUUAAUAAGGGCAGGAACAGAGGAAUUCUGAUUUUCGUGGUGGGUGACAAAGGUGGCAAAAGAAAACACUCGCAGCCAUCUUGACUGGUAUUUGUCAUGGUGCUUUAGGAGGGGGAAAAAGAGAGCUUUUGUGCCCAGUCUAUGCUGGAUAGUGUGGUAUGGAGGCAGAAAAUAGCACUUUAUGGGUUGUAGCUAGGAAUC